UGAUCUUGACCAACACGUUUGGAUUCAUUGGGGGAAGAAAAAAAAAACUUUGUCAGAGUCUGAGCUGUGAACACCCAGAAAGCUUCCAUCAGCGCUCUCCACUGCCAACUUUGGAUAUCUCAACCCAGCAUCAAUCUUUUGGGAGCAUUUUUCUUUUCCCUUUUUUUACCCCCCCUCCUUAUUAUUAUUAUUUUUUCCCUAUUCAAUCCCCCCACCGCCCAGCUCUUUGGGCUCUGAACGUCGCCCGGUCCGUGUGGUCGCCCCCUCCUUCCCAGAGAGGGUGUGAAGUGACAGUUGGCCCGGAGAUGCGGUCCCUUCUCCCGCUUACUGUGUAUUGCAUCAGCCUGGUUUCCCUCCAGCAGCUGCUGGCUCUGCCGGCGCAGGAGCGUCCCGACGGGAACAGGUUGGACCUGUUCAAUAUGCGUUCUGACCAGGGAAAGGACGAAGACUCGAUGUCAGGAAGCCAGACUCACAUUGCCGUCCGCUCCUCGGCCCCCGGCCGGUCCCCAAAAUGGCUGCCUGGUUUCCUGAGACACCGACCAGCUUCGGGAGUGAGACCGGCCUUGCGAAGCCUGCCGUGGGAGCGACCCACUGAGUCUGCACAGAUCCAGAGGAGGGUGCUGAGAUCUCGUCGCCACGCCCAUUCGGGAUCGCGAGGUGGUCACCACUACCCCCACCACGCCCAGCUGAUGAGAGUGGGUUGCGUCCUGGGAACGUGCCAAGUGCAGAACCUCAGCCACCGGCUCUAUCAGCUCAUUGGUCAGAGUGGCAGAGAAGACUCAUCCCCCAUCAACCCCAGGAGCCCCCAUAGUUAUGGAUGAGUUAGUUGAAACCUCCAAAAGCCAACAGCAAGUCUAUAUAUAUAUUCAUUUAUUUAUCUCAAUGUGUUACUGGUAGCCUUUGCAUUAGACUUGAUGUAGUCCAUUAGUUAAUGUCUCAAAAUGGCAAUUAUACCCCCUUUAAAUGACUGCUGUGCAUCUCUACUCUCAGAUUCAAGAUUUUGACUAACUGAAUCAUCUUCGAAACCCAAAUCUGAGUUCUCCCACCAUCCUGAGAACAUUUGCCUUUUGAAGAGGACGUUCAAGUUUCGUCAAAGUCUUUUUGGACCCUCCCCCCCAAAAUGCUCAAAAGAAGGCAAAAGAGGCCUCAGUUUGACAUCUUAAUCCUGUUAAUGUAAGAAUGAAGGCUUGUACUCAACACCAUUUAGUGGCCCGGUCCUGUCUGCCAGCUGACCCCCCCCAGUGGCGGUUAUCCCGCGGCUCAUUGAUCAAACACUUAAGCCCCUAAUGUGGAUUUCAACCUGCACUCAGAGCCAGAGGACUGUCAAAACCGAUGUAUUCCCAAAGACCUUGUAAAUGACCCAAUGAACCCUUUUACCUCUUUUUUUGUGCCCCCCCUUUAGUCAGCUUUGGAACUCCCAGGUCGUAUCCCAACUGCAUACAUAUUUCAGCCUGAGCACUGACAUCCCUGGAGUAUCGCUGGGAGUUCGUCACUCAGCAGGACUUUGUAUUUCAGGACCGCAGUUUACACUUGAAACCAGCCACAGCACUUGGGUUACACCCGAGUUUAAGAGCAUUCUGAGUCAGGACUUAGCCACACAACCUCCACUCUGAAAAUGAAAAAGAAGAGGGUCAGCGUCCAGAAGAAGCUGCACAGAAACUGACUUUCCAAAGGAUCAGUUUCGAUGCCGCGUUGUAGCGGCCAAGACAGUAGGUGGUGAAGUGAACCUUGGAGCCACGGAUCAGGGCUCCGUCGCACCACUGCUGGCAUUUUCCCCGCGGGAGGCCAAGUCUGAAAUAUUAGCCCUUUCACGUGAUUCAUAAGUUCCCCUUGCAAGUCAGGACUUUGGGUUGACAGCAGUUUAAUAAACCUGACCUAAUCGCUUCAGUCAUAUGUGCCACCACAGCAGGGGAGGGGGGGCCCUAAGCCUCCCACAGUCUGCACAUACAACACUAAUAAAUUAAGAGCAAUGAAGUUUGCAACAAUGCAAAAAACAACAAUUUUACUCUUUAUUUUGCAGCAUAAUUUGGAUUUUCUUAUUCUAGGCAGAAAUGUUGCUGUUGAUUUUUUUUCUUAGCCCAGGAGAUGUUUUCAGGCACAAUCUUCUGUGAUUUAAAAGCACUGAAAGCACCCCCACCCAUACUCCACCCUAUUGGAGGUCAUAAUGAGGCUCUAAAAGUUGGCAAAACCACCAGUAAUAAAUCCAAUCUUCUGAUAAAACACUAUUGCCUUGAGAUACAGUGGAUAACAUUGACGCUAAAUGAAGGUCAGCUGUUCCUUAUAUUCUUAUAUUUUCUAUAGGGAAUACUUGACAACGCAUUGUAGCAUACACACAGUUCUGUUGUCAGCAACAGGCGCCUUUGUUGUUCACAUGUAGUAUGUUAAAUGGGUCGAAGUUAGUCCUGAGAUGACGGCUAAAAGCUCUACUGUUACAUUGCGGGUUUCUAAUGAGAGACCACAGUGACCAAAAUGUUAGGUGCAAGAGUGCCCAGCUUCAAAUAUGUACGCAAAAUAGCUUAGCAGGAAAUCAAAAGUACAUGCCCCGACGUUUCCUCUCCUCUAUAUAAGUCCGUCUCUGAAACGGUGGGCGGACGACGGACCGAGAAAAACCGAGGUCAGGUUCCACUCAUCGAGCGUGCUGAACUUUCAGAGGUCUGGAACUUACACUCAAAAAAAUGCUACCAUAUCUAUAAAACCCACACUUUUGACCAGGAGCACAAUUAUAUCGCGCAUUAUUUACUUACUUCUAAACGUCUGUUCCAGGACUUUGCUACACGAAAGCCUGACCUUAACCUGCAGAGAGAGGCUGAGUGUUUCGUAGUAGUAAUCAAGGCCAGAGUGUGACCCACAUUCUGAUUUAUGUGCACAGUCAUUUAGAUUAAGAAUUCUUAUAUCACAGAAGUGUUUCAGCCUUUGCUUUUUUGCAUGUAAGUUCACAGACAUGAAAGUUUGGUUUUCCUAAGAGCAUUAGUGUAAACUCACCAAAUACCUGGCAAUACUUGACAAAUCAAAUGACUUUACAGCAUGUGAUCUACAUCAUAUAAUAAUGUAUUCUUUUUGUGUGUCUUCUGAUUUUACUUCCUGUCUUCUUCAUCAUCCUCUUCUUCCUUAUCGACAGUUUGUUUUUAGAUUUAGCCUCUCAGGCCCACCGUGGCUCUCUUUUCUCUUCUGUCUGUAAUCAUGCGGGCCUGGAGGUCACAGGGUAAUAAUCAGUGAUUCUUUAGUCUUAAAUCUAAUCUGUUCAAAGGCUUGCUGAGGUGAAACAUGCCAUUCUCCCUGCUGUAAUGUGGCUAAUCAAUGUCUCGUGACGGAUCAUUAAAAGGCUUUUCAAACGCUCUGAAACCCUGGUGGAUCUCUCUGCUUUUUAAAAAUGUGCUGUUUCGCACGCGCCAUGUGCAUGCAUGUUCUAGCUGCUGCACGCAGCCUAUCAGGACGCUUAUCUCCCGUGUUUGAUCCGCGCUUUGGACCAUUGUGCUCCCACUCUUUUUUUUCCGCGCAGUGUGUUUUUGUGACGUCAGGCGUUGCGUCACGGCGAGUUGUGCGAGCAAACCGCUAAUACCUCCCCGUAGAAACAUCCAGAGCUUUUUUUUUUGUGGCUUUCUGUUGCGAAGAGGAAUUAACGCAGAAAUAGCGUAUGAAAUGUAAACUAUUAGUUUCGGAAGACGCAGCAGAUGCAGGUAGAUCUCAGUAGGCUCGUUUUUGCUGGUUUUCCAUUCGAAAGUCACACGAUCUCGAUGUCCUUUAGGGUCACAGGAAAGCACUUUAAUGGAAACACGUGGGGCGAAAGUUUCUUGAACUUCGCUCAUGAUUAUGAACUUGUGACAGAUGAGGUUUCUCUUGUAAAUGUUGCUUUAAAUGUGUUUAAAGAUGUCAGUGCACUCCAUGUGGCGUCAGGAUGACUGAGCGUCGUGUGCACCUGUGAAUACACACACUCACAUAUAUAUAUAUAUAGUCAAACUAUUUAAAGAAAGUUAUGUAUUUAAGUUAUCUUUGUAUGUUAAUAUGUUUGUCACCAAAGACUAUUUAUCUCAUCUUUUCCACUGUUCCUUAAACAUGACCUUAUGGUAGGAAAGGAAGUCUUAACUGUAGUUUAAACGUUACUGUUUGAUAAUGUCCUUCACUCUGUAAAAUAAAGAACU